UCCCAUAUGCGCUGCUAACAUGAUCCUGCAUCCUGUGUUGACAUUCAACCCAUUCCAAAGCUUCGCGCGCUCCUUCAAGGCACCGAUGCAUAAGAUAUUCUCAGGGAAACAAACUCUGCUGAAUGGCUGAAGCUAAAGGAUGAACCAAACUCCGUCGUACCAUGUCUAUGUCGGCAUUAGCCAGAAGGGUGAGUAAUACUCGAUUUCUCACUGACAAAGACGAAAGACUCGCUGACGAUGGCAUAUAUAACUGCAUGUGCCCAUGGAGACGAUGAAAUAGCAGCCCACACAUCAUGUCUCGAGCUCAGCAGCAAACCGUCUUCCGCGUGAAGGAAAAGAACAUUCUCUCCGGCAUUGUCAAAUGUCAAGAAUCCAUACCGAUUCCACAGCCCCAUGAGGUUCUCGUCCGCAUCCAUGCUGUAUCACUAAACUUCAGGGACUAUCUACCCUUCAGCAGCAAAUAUCCCCUUCCCGUGAAGCAGGACGUCGUACCGGGGAGCGAUAUGGCCGGAGAGGUCCUUUCCAUCGGCUCAGCUGUCCUCGGAUUCAAGCAAGGAGACAGGGUGACUGCCAACUUUGACCAGAAUCACUGGUACGGCACUCUACCAGAUGAACGUGUCAUCCUUGCUGGGUCGAUCGAUGGGGUCUUGCAAGAGUACCGCAUUUUUCCUGAGAUGGGUCUUCUACAUAUCCCAAAACACUUGUCGUAUGAGGAAGCAUCUUGCUGGCCGUGCGCAGGGGUGACGGCAUGGAACGCAUUGUUUGGCGGCGCUCCGCUCGUGCCAGGACAAACGGUUUUGUUUCAGGGGACAGGUGGUGUCUCUAUUGCUGGCUUGAUUUUGGCCCAUGCCGCUGGAGCAAAGACUAUCGUCACAUCUUCUUCUGAAGAUAAGCUCGAGAUAGCCAAGAAGCUGGGCGCCACCCAUGUUGUGAAUUACAAAAGAGAACCUGAUUGGGACCAGGUCGUUUUAAAGAUUACAGAUGGUAUUGGCGCGCAUCUGAUUCUGGACAAUGUUGGCGCGCAGGAAAUCGAGCGAUGUUACAAUUGCGUUGCUAGAGGCGGAACGAUCGCAUCCAUUGGAUUCCUCGGGAAUAACCCGGAGAAGGUUCCAGAUAUCGCAAUGCUGAACCUUCUCAAGUGUGUCACGCUCCGUGGCGUUUAUGUAGGCUCCAAACAGCUGCACGAGGACCUGCUCCGCUUCGUCGGUGCGAAUGAGCUUAGGCCACACAUUGACAAAGUCUUUCCAUUCGAGCAGACUCCAGAAGCUAUCGAUUAUCUUUCACGAGGACAGCACACUGGCAAAAUCGUCAUCCGCGUUGUACCUCAGUGAAAGUCAAGUAACGGAGCGCAAGAACGUCAAAUGUCACAGGUAGUAUGAAUCUGCCACAUUUAAUGAUGCGUCUCGGUGCACCCGCAAUGGCCAUUAUACGCACUUUUCGGUUCCAUGUUCAUGCACAAGAGCAUCAGAUUACUUAGCUUAUAUGUCAUGCCUGAUAGUCUCUCACGGCCCUUGGUCAAAAAGGUCUUGAACCGUGAUGAUUUACAUAUUGGGCGUCGCGGAUAUCAUGUACCAGCGGUCCACAUUUUUUUUCUCCAUGCGAUAUGCACGCGAACUUCUUCGCAAGUCUCAUGAUCAUGACAUAUGUUAUAGAAGGCCUUUUGACGUGC